AUGUUAGUUAAAAAAAGCGCUGUUACUGUUCCGAAGUUGAGUCCAGAAGAAGCAGCGAUAUAUAAUAUGUUGAAUGAUGCAGAAAAAGUUACCUUUUUGAGGGUACUUGAUCAAAAAAAGACGGAAGGAAAAGAAGAAGGAAAAGAAGAAGGAAAAGAAGAAGGAAAAGAAGAAGGAAAAGAAGAAGGAAUUAAAGAAGGAAGAGAAAAAGGAAAAGAAGAAGGAAUUAAAGAAGGAAAAGUAGAAGGAAUUAAAGAAGAGCGUAAAAGAGGAAAAUUUCACGUAAAUUUCAUAAUCGCUCUACUCGUCAUACUUGUCGCUAUAUAUUUUGAUAUACGUAAUGCGACACGAAAAGACGAUGAGUUUGAUACGAUCUUUGUACACUCCAUCGUCUUCGUUCUCCAACUUUUCUGGGCAGCGGCACAAAACAUACAAGAGAGACCCAACAGGAAAAAUGUCAAACGUCUGAAAAAUCCUGCUAUGGUACUUGAUAGUGGAGCUGAGCUUCCAAUUGUAUCAGAAGAUAUUGUUAAACGCGUAAGAUAG